UCCCAAGCACUAGGCACCGGGGGACGGGCCCGGCGUGCGGCGGUGGGCGGGACUCCGUUGCCAGAGUAACCGGAUGUUGAUGGUGGCGUCUUCCUGGCGCGACGCUGUUUCCCGGAGCUGAGAUCUCGCAGCUAUGAGUUACGGUGAAAGAUUUGUUUUCAUUGUGGAGUGGUAUGAUCCAAAUGCCGCGCUCCUUCGACGUUACGAACUUUUGUUUUACCCGGGGGAUGGAUCUGUUGAAAUGCAUGAUGUGAAGAAUCAUCGUACCUUUUUGAAACGGACCAAAUAUGAUGACCUGCGCUUAGAAGAUUUAUUUAUAGGCAACAAAGUGAACAUCUUUUCUCGACAGUUGGUGUUAAUUGAUUAUGGGGAUCAAUAUACAGCACGCCAGUUGGGCAGUAGGAAAGAAAAAACAUUAGCACUGAUUAAACCAGAUGCAGUAUCAAAGGCUGGAGAAAUAAUUGAGCUAAUAAACAAAUCUGGAUUUACUAUAACCAAACUCAAAAUGAUGAUGCUUUCAAGGAAAGAAGCAACCGAUUUUCAUAUAGACCACCAAUCAAAGCCCUUUUUUAAUGAGCUGAUUCAGUUUAUUUCAAGUGGCCCCGUGAUCGCGAUCGAGAUUUUAAGAGAUGAUGCUAUAUGUGAAUGGAAAAGACUCCUUGGACCUGCGAACUCGGGGGUGGCAAGUACCGAUGCUUCGGGAAGCAUCCGGGCCCUCUUCGGAACCGAUGGCAUAAGGAAUGCGGCACACGGCCCUGAUUCUUUCACCUCAGCUGCCAGAGAAAUGGAGUUGUUUUUCCCUUCAAGUGGAGGUUGUGGACCAGCGAAUACAGCAAAAUUUACAAACUGUACCUGUUGCAUUAUUAAGCCCCAUGCUAUCAGUGAAGGUCUCCUGGGCAAGAUCCUCAUGGCUAUUAGAGACGCCGGGUUUGAAGUCUCAGCUAUGCAGAUGUUCAAUAUGGACAGGGUUAAUGUUGAAGAAUUCUAUGAAGUUUAUAAAGGAGUGGUGUCUGAGUAUAAUGAGAUGGUGACAGAAAUGUAUUCUGGCCCUUGUGUAGCAAUGGAGAUUCAACAGACUAAUGCUACAAAGACAUUUCGAGAAUUCUGUGGCCCUGCUGAUCCUGAAAUUGCCCGGCAUUUACGUCCUGACACCCUUAGAGCAAUCUUCGGUAAAACUAAGAUCCAGAAUGCCGUUCACUGUACUGACCUGCCAGAGGAUGGCGUAUUAGAGGUUCAGUAUUUCUUCAAGAUCCUGGAUAACUAGCAAAAUAGAAUGUGAAGAAGUCAUAGCCUGGGGCAUGUAGACAAGAGUGAAUCACGCACAUAAGGGAUGUUAUGUGUUCAUUCUUUUAUUGUCCAUUGUUUUAACCUGACUGAAUACAAGAUCAACAAGA